AUGGCGCUAGAUGCUUCCAAGUUCGAUCGUCAGCCAUCGGCUACGCUUCAGCGGCGAUUAUCAGAGCAAUAUAGUCGAUUCGCCUGGACAGCACCACCAUCAGAGUCAAUCUACGCAGGUAUCACCAUCUCAAUCUCAGAGCAGCGUGGAUCCACAAUCGCCGUAGCCAUUCGUGAUGCUACGUAUCUACUAGAUUUCAUUGAAAAGAAAUACGGACCGGGGGAGCAGCAGCCAUGUUCCGAGGAGGCAGUAGAGUUUGUCAUUUCACAACUGCGACGUUAUGCGGAGAAACACCUGGAGAAGGUUCUCGGCAUUGCCAUGCACAAGCAGGUGGCUGGUCUUUGUCCGAAAUUAUGCUCCCGUCUCUGGGCAGAGUUGGAUAUCUUACCCCUGGUCUUGCCUGGUCUCAGCUUACUAGGCCGAUUUGCUUCGAACGGACGAGGUCAGUCGCGACCAUGGGAAAUGAAGGACAUCGAUGAGCAGGCAGAUUCAAUGGCAAGAAAAUGUGUCCGGCUUUUUGGACCCGAGAACUGUCCUCUAUUGCAGGUAGGAAACAUGGGCGUGGUGGAAGUCGACACAGACUUUCACGUCCGUCUCACAAAUCUGGGUGACUUCGAGAAGACAGUCUCUGCUGCAACUUGGAAGGCUUGCAAUUACUUCGCCAAAGACCUCAAGAAGCGCGGUGUGAAGAUUGCAUUCUUCAGUGCAACCCCCCAAGGCGGAGGCGUGGCUCUAAUGAGACAUGCGCUCUUGCGGUUUUCACACUCUCUGGGAACAGACAUCAAAUGGUAUGUUCCUCGACCACGGCCAGGCGUCUUCCGAGUCACGAAACGGAAGCACAACAUUCUGCAAGGCAUCACACCACCGGAAGAGCGGCUGACUGGCGAUGACAUCAACUUGCUGGCCGCAUGGAUAGGAGAUAAUGCCAAACGAUACUGGACUAUACCUGGAGGCCCACUCUGUGCUCCGGCGGACGGAGGGGCAGAUGUUCUGAUAAUUGAUGACCCUCAAAUGCCAGGCCUCAUCCCGAUUGCUAAGAAGAUAGCGCCUCAACGACCAAUCAUCUUCCGCAGUCACAUUCAAAUUCGGAGCGAUUUGGUAAACCAGCCAGGUACUUCACAAGCAGAUGCAUGGAAGGUCAUGUGGGAGAAUGUCAAGCAGGCAGACUGUUUCAUCGCACAUCCGGUGAAGGCAUUUGUACCGCGAGACGUACCGUCGGAAAUGGUUGGCUAUAUGCCUGCAACGACUGAUUGGUUGGAUGGACUCAAUAAACACAUGAGAGAUUGGGACAUUGCACACUAUGGUCGUUUGCUCAACGUAGCCUGCAAAAAUGCCGAUAUGCCGCAGAUCCAUCAUCCGGACGAUCAGUACAUUGUCCAGAUCGCUCGCUUCGACCCUUCAAAGGGCAUCCUCGACGUAUUAGAGUCCUAUCAAAAGUUCCAUCACCGACUGACGCGUGAACGACCCGACCUGACCCCACCCAAACUUCUGAUAUGUGGCCAUGGCUCGGUGGAUGAUCCCGACGGCGCUGUCAUAUACGACCAAGUUGUCAAUCGAAUUGAAACUCAGAGCCCACACCUUCGCAGCCUGGUGUGCGCGGUUCGUCUCCGACCAUCAGAUCAAGUUUUGAACGCCGUUCUUUCAAAAGCGACCAUUGCGCUGCAACUGUCCACGCGGGAAGGAUUCGAGGUCAAAGUUUCAGAGGCUGUUCAUAAGGGUGUCCCAAUCAUUGCUACGCGUGCUGGCGGUAUCCCUCUGCAGGUCCAGGAUGGUGUGAAUGGGUUCCUCGUCGACGUGGGUGACACCGACGCGGUCGCACGGCAUCUGUUCGAUCUUUUGACCAACAAAGCGCUCUAUCGACGCAUUUCGGAAUAUGCUCAAAGCCAUGUCUAUGAUGAAGUCAGCACGGUGGGCAAUGCCUUGAGUUGGCUCUACCUUGCAUCCAAGUUUACCAAAGACGGUGAUGUGAAACCGAAUGGGCAGUGGAUCAACAAUUUGGCAUUUGCCGAGAGUGGCGUGCCCAUUCCUCCAGAUAUGCCUCGACUGACUCGGGAAGUUGAGGUGGAGAAAAUGGGAUAA